AGUUCGCAAUAAUUCGUUGAGGAACGAUGAAUAUUUUGGUGACUGUCGUAAGUAGGUUCCUUCCACCUAGUUGUAGAGAAGUAAAUAGUUUGAAAGAUUUGGAAGUUAUUUUCUUCGACCUUGUUUGUUUAAAAGAUACUAUUACACGUUUUCUAGCUUUUUGUGUUGUUGCGUUUGCUGGGGUUAUUAAACUUCCUCAAAUAUGGUCCAUAAUACGAGCAAGUUCGGCCCAAGGAAUUAGCACUGCAGCUCUUUGUAUCGAAACAUUUGGUUAUGUGUACAAUCUUGCCUAUCAUCGUAGAGAAGGGUAUCCUCUUUCUUCUUACGGAGAUUUCUCGUUGCUGGCGUUGCAAAACUUGUUCAUUCUAUUUUUAUCCUAUCGCUAUCGUCAUUUAGAUAUCCAGGCAAUAGGCAUUGUUGUAUUCUUUAUUGCUCUCAUAUUCUUCAUGACGAGUUUAUGGAUGCCUUUGCAUUUGUUGCGCCUACUGGUGACUUGCAAUAUACUUACAGCAAUGGCUUCUCGAAUUCCACAAAUUUAUAACAUUUUCAAGAAUAAGUCUGGAGGUACAUUGAGCCUUAUUACAUGCUUAGGAAUAUUUGGUGGUGCUUGCACGAGAAUUUGGACAACUGCUCAAGAUGUCAAAGAUAAUUUAGUACUCUUUGGAUACGUCGUCUCAACAUUGCUCAAUGGAAUACUAUGUUUACAACUCAUUUAUUAUCGUUACUUCAAGUCUAAAAAGAAUAAGGAAGAAUGAUUGCCAUAAAUGAAGAGUUUCAACA